CACGUUCGCCGCAAUAUGACCAGGCACUGGCAAUAGCAUCUGUGACUUCAACAGUAUUCGGCAUAGCAAUCAUGAUUACAAUCUGUAUAUGGAUAUUCCUGUAUGUACGCCCCAGGAACAGAGAUUACAAUGUGUCUUGGUCACCGCCGCCCAUCAACGUUCACCUUCACGGAUUUGAGACCAAUGCUCUGACCAGGACACAGAGUCACUACAGAUCGCAUCGAACAAUGUCAGAAUGUGAUCAAUGUCAACCUUCUGCAGAAGACAAGUCCUUGAAGAGUGGCGUCCAUACGUACAAUGUCAUCGAUAACCGAGAGGGGAACUUGACAAAUGGCGACACCUCAGCAAUUUUCACAGUAGAUGCCAAGAGAUCGGAGGACAGUAGAUCGACUGAGAUUUCUGGAAAGAUGUCCGACCCAUUCCCGAUGAUCCCGAACCCUUUGUACAGGACAACAUCCUGUGUGAUAGAGAAAAGGGGUCCAAUGCCAUUGCCAUCGGAUGUAGAUGGCAGCACAGGUAAAGGAGGGAGGAAGGACAGUAGGUUACAUCUUUCAGUUCAUGGAGCUGGCAAAUCCAAAUUGUCAGAGACAAACUCCAGACGAUCACCUGAUCGGAAACCCCGCGGUUCUUCUGAUCAACAACCGGACUCGUCCAUUCAGUCGGUCCGAUCAAAGUCAUGUGAUCCUCUCCGAUACAUUGACCACCCUCCGAAUAAAGAUUGGUGUCACCUUGACAGCCUUGAUAAUCUUGAUAAUUUAGGAAGGGGCACAACGCUAUCAGAUGAUGUCUUUGGUGCGCCCGAUUACUCCUUGCUCGGGAAUCAAUCGGCUCGAUCAAGGUCUUAUAGCCUUUUCCAUCUACCUCAGAACCCGAGUCAUCAGUGUCCGGCAUCUUCGGUUCCUCGUCGCAGAGGUAAUUCCGGGACAUCCCGAACCCAAGGACUUGGUGGUGUAACACCUGCGUCAGAGCGGUAUGAGAUGAUCGUCAAUCCGUUGGUCCAACCGCCACCUUGCAUUCUCGGUGAUGAACUUGAGAAAACACCGGUCUCUGAAACAGGGAAAACAGAUGGGUACCUAAAGUCCAGCAGCCAGGAUGAAACCAAGUUCUUCCAACAUGCCAUUGUUGAUGAUGAGGGUUACCAAACCUUCACGGAUGCCGGUGGCGGUACACAGAGUCAAGAAUCUCCAGAAAUCAGAGAAUACACCGAUUUGAAAUGAUCCAUUCGUGGACAAAAAUGACAUUAUAUUUGGCCAAUAAAUUAGAUGCACAAGUAUAAAAACCUACUAAGUACAUCUACAAAAAAUAUAAAAAUAUAGUUCUUUCCGUUUCUAUUGCAUUUGUAACAUCCCUUCACCCUAAAAUAUUAAGCACUAAAACAUGCAAAGCUAUUGGAAUGCGAUAUAAAGUAGCAUUUAUUUUUAACUCUCCAGACAUUCUUUGUAACGUUGUAUUGAAGGGAGUAUAGGCGGCAUGCACAUUCAUUUAAAAAAUCAUAAUUACUCUUUACUUCAUGAAUUCAAGUCAAGAAAUGAGACUUCCUCCGGUCCAGAGGUAAUGGCAUAAAUCCACAAUAAUACUUUAAAUUCUCUCUUAUGGAAUAGUCUGAUACUUGCGCCAUUACCAUUCGAGUAACCUCUCUUCAUUUCAUCCUGCUACUACUCAAACCAUCGCUACUCAAGCCAUAUUCAGCUCAUCUCAUCUGGUUUACAGUUCUUUUCAGGAUUUCACUCACUUACAAGAAAAGAAUACUUCUAAUUUCCUCUUUUCAUCUUUUCUCGUCGUUCCAUUUCAUUUUUUGUUUGGCCUGUAUUUCCUUCCCUUCUUCAUACUUCACAUGAUGAACCGUAAACCUCCACGUUUUAAACUCCACCAUGCAAUCACACAAAGAUCAUCCGAGACUUCCUCCUUUGGUUUACAAAUUAAAUAUAUACCUCUCUGCAAAAUUUUCGACCACUAUCCACAAAACUUCCACAUAAUCACGUCCUAGUAAAAAAAAGAAUAAAAAAAAUUGGCAAUGCAUUGCAACAUGUACGACAUCUGUUUAAACACAAUAUGAUUUUAUUCAUAUGACAAUGGACGGAGUAUUAUACUUGUAUUUAUAAUUCGCUAUAAUAAUCGCCUUCAAAAGAGAGGAACAUAGGGCCGUCUGCACCAGCCCGAAUUAGCGCGCCAUUUCUGAUCCGGCAAAUUACCCCGAUCCGGACAAUCUCUAGAUUAUUUGUAAUGGAGACGCAAUCAUCGCGCUAGUUUGCAGGAUUAAUCUCGAGAUUGCAAACCCAAGUCAAC